AUGUGGGAGCGAUACAACAUCUACUCCAGAACAAACUACACCCUCGACCCUACUCCUUCCCCAUAUAACAUCACCCUGGAGCAGGUCAAUGCUACUCAAAAGCCCUUUAGUGCAUUUGAGGGCUGUGAACUCAUGGUGGAGGGCAUCAUCUUUGAUAUGGUAGCGCAAAGUUUUAACUUGGCCAUAGGGCUGCCAGCCAACAUCCUGGUCAUCGCCAUCCUGAUCCGCAACAGGCAUGAGCCCAGCACCUCUGACAUCUUCCUCGGCUGUCUAGCCUUAAUGGAUGCCUACUUUGGGCUCAUGGCCCCUAUAGGUUUCAUCAACCUCUACCACUGGAGGAGCAUGAAAGGCUGGAUGGCCCUGAAGUUCUCUUACGGUGUGAAGGACACCAGCGGCCCGCUCUUCCUUUCCUGCAUUUGCCUAGACCGUUUUGUGGCCGUGCUCUUCCCCAUAGCCUUUAGCCAGCUGAAGGCCAUCAAGUACAGGAUCAGCCUCUCUGUGUUUGUCCUGUGCCUCACCUUUGCUUAUGCAUCAGCCAAAACGAUCGGAGGCCUCCCAAACUUUGAGAAGGUUUUCACAGGUGAGAUCCUAGCCAUAUUUGCCUGGAUGAUAGUAUGCAACCUAUCCAUUCUUUGGGCAUUGAAGCGUUCACGAGGUGCGGGCAAAGACGAGAUGCACCCGAUGAAGAAGAAGGCCUUCAAGGUGGUGCGGUCACUGCUGGCCAUUAUUGUGUGCAACUACUUGCCUCCGGUAGCGUUAUUCCCCUUCCAGGAUCACUAUUCUCCAUUGGUCUUUGGCUGCUACGUUCAGCCAGUGGGUUACGCCUUCCUGAACGUCAGCAGCACCAUCCAGCCCCUCGUUUACCUGUCCCGCUUAGAAAAGAUGCCCUUUCUGCCCCAGUCCAUCUUAAAGAUGCUCUGCUGCAAAAAGAAAAAAGCUCUCACCAGCUUAGAGGACUAA